CGUCCCCCCAAGGCGCCGGAAGGGCCGCCAUGCGGGGGCGGCUGCUGCGGGCCUGGCGUGAGGGGCUGAAGGCGGCGGGCGGCGGGGUCGGGGCCCGGGCCAGGCGGGAGCCGCCAUGGAGGGUUCUCUUCUUCGGCACCGACCGCUUCGCUGUCACCGCCCUGCGAGCCCUGCAGGCCGCCAGGGAGCCCAGCAAGGACUUGCUUGUGUCCAGGUUGGAGGUGGUGACCCUGCCCUCCCGCCUGCCCAGAGGCCUGCCCGUGAAGAGCUGUGCCCAGGAGCUCCAGCUGCCUGUUCACGAGUGGCCGCACACGGGGCCUGUGGGGCAGUUUGAUGUUGGUGUGGUGGCAUCCUUUGGACGUCUCCUAAGCGAGGACCUUAUUCUACAGUUCCCAUAUGGCGUGCUGAAUGUCCAUCCCAGCUUUCUCCCGCGAUGGCGUGGUCCUGCACCGAUAGUCCACACGAUUCUUCAUGGUGACAAAGUGACUGGGGUGACAAUUAUGGAAAUAAGACCAAAGAGGUUUGACGUAGGUCCAAUUAUUAAGCAAGAAGAGUUUGCUGUUCCUCCCCGCUGUACUACAAAGGAGUUGGAAGAGAUACUAUCUAAGAUGGGUGCAAACAUGCUGCUGUCAGUUUUGAAAAACUUGCCUGAAAGUUUAGAAAAUAAAAAAGAACAGCCGAAAGAAGGAGUAACAUUUGCUCCUAAAGUAUCUGUAGCUAAGAGUUGUAUAAAAUGGGAAGAGCAAACAGCUGCACAAGUAAUUCGGCUGCACCGUGCCAUAGGAAGUAUGUUUCCUUUGCAGACGCUCUGGAAGGGUAGUCCUGUUAAGCUUAUGAAUUUUGUGGAAGUGGAUAAUAUCCCUGAUCUUGCUGACCAAGUAUUAAAUGACGAUGAAGCUGUUCCUGGUUCACUACUAUACCAUAAAGUGUCCCAAACACUGAUAGCUCGUUGCAAGGAAGGCUGGGUUGGAAUCAAAACAGUCGUGCUAAAGAAGAAACUUAGAGCAGUUGACUUCUACAAUGGGUAUAUGCACCCCUGGUUCCAGCAGAACUCGAGAACGGUUCAUCAGGAAUGCAGAUUUCAAACACUCAGACUUAGCCCAGCAAAAAAGACUCUCAAAGAGCGAAAUACUGGUGCAGGAUAUAAAACAAUAGAUGUAUCUUAAAAGAUGUCUGUAAGUUAAUAGUAAUAUAAAAAUAUUUCAAUGCCCAACUAUAGCGUUUAACUUGGUUUAGGGUUUUCCUCCCCAGAAUGUUUGACGUGACUGUCAUCUGCAUGUUUUCAUCGUGGUGCUGAUGAUGUUCAUUUCCUUUUCCCCAUUAAGGAAGAGGAUCUCUGAACUCUGAAGACAGUGAAUAAAUUUCUGUUUCUGCUGUUGGGUAAUAAA